AAUUAUUCAUUUUCUUAGAACUCGAAUCGGUAAAAAACGGAAACCACACCGCGGCGGGACCAGUAAAAUUGCCUGGAAGCUAUGAAUAAGCUUGCGUUUCACUUUUGAAGUUGGAAGAAUGGUCCCACGGUCGACCGACGAUCAAAUCAGGGGGGAAAUUCUGUGAGCAAAAGAAUAUCGUUGAGUUGUGUAUGAAGGAGUAGAGGAAGCAGAAGAUAAGUUUAUGGAUCGAGUAAAGGAUUAGCAGUAACGAUACGCAUGCGGUUUACCGAUUUGGGUUACAGAGAGGGACAUGGGGAAGGGAAAAUUCUCGCUACGGAGGAAGAAGAAGGGGGUGACGGGGACGCCACAGAGGCCGCCUCGUGCAACAGAUCACUCAUCUGGAAACGGGAGCGGGAAUUUGAUUGCGCCGAAUGUAGGGCCGAGCAAGACGGCGAAGAAGAAGGCAGGUGGCUCCAGGCUGUGGAUGAGAUUUGAUCGGAUGGGGCAAUCGGAACUGAUGGAGUGCGACAAGAGUUCAAUCAUCAAGCGCGCCUCCGUUCCUACUAGGGACUUGAGGAUCCUUGGCCCAAUAUUCUCUCAAUCCUCCAGCAUCCUCGAUAGCAUAACUGAAUAGCAGCAGACCUGUUCUCUUAUUGCAAGUGCCCGUACAUUGAAAUCAAAGACAUCUAAGCCUACGGUGGGGGGAGCUUUCAAUGUUCAAUCAGGACCUCCAAGAAAACAUCAAUAACUGCAGCUAGGGAGAAGGCUAUGAUUAUUAACUUGGAGUUUGUAAGAGGAAUAGUUACUGCCGAAGAGCUGUUGUUGCUCGAUCCUCUACGUCAAGAGGUUCUUCCUUUUAUUGAUCAGCUGAGACACCAAUUGCCUCAGAAGAGUUCUUCAAAGAAUACAAAUGGAACAAAUGAUGUACAAGAGGAUGACUUGCAAUUUCCAGGUGCUGGAAAAUGGCUACAAGAAACUAUUGAAGGAGGCCUGCAUGCUGAACAACUUCCAUUUGAGUUCCAGGUGCUGGAGGUUGCAUUAGAAGUUGUGUGUAUGUAUCUCGAUUCUAAUGUGGCGGAACUUGAGAGAGAUGCUUAUCCUGUUCUUGAUGAACUUGCCAUGAGUGUUAGCACAAGGAACCUUGAACAUGUUAGGAGCUUAAAAAGCAACCUUACGCGUUUGCUAGCACGUGUACAAAAGGUCAGAGAUGAGAUUGAGCACCUUUUGGAUGAUAAUGAAGACAUGGCCCAGUUGUACUUAAGUAGGAAAUCGAUUCAGAAUCAACAAUCUGAAGCAAUGCUAUUGGGAACUGCCACUACAGGUUCAAAUGCCAUUACUCCCAUGGUGCCGAAUUUCAGAAGGUUAGGUUCCACCAGGAGUGGAAGCUUAGUGAGCAACUGCUUAGAUGAUGACGUGGAAGAUCUUGAAAUGUUGCUGGAGGCUUACUUCAUGCAGUUGGAAGGCACCCGUAAUAAGAUAUUAUCUGUGCGCGAAUACAUAGAUGACACAGAGGAUUAUGUCAACAUCCAAUUAGACAAUCAGCGGAAUGAACUGAUUCAACUGCAGCUGAUAUUGACCAUUGCAUCCUUUGCCAUAGCCGUGGAGACCCUUGUAGCGGGUUGGUUUGGCAUGAACAUCCCUUGUACCCUAUACAACAUACAAGGGGUAUUUUGGCCAUUCGUUGCUGGUAUCACAACUGCUUGUAUCAUUCUCUUCUUCAUCGUCCUAGGCUAUGCCAGAUGGAAAAAGCUGCUUGGAUCAUAAAUUUGGUUCCUUCAUUGAUCUCUCAUUUCUUUUUCUUUUUUUCUUUUAUGUGUUUGUAUUAUAUACUUAGUAUGAAAUAAUGACAUAAGUAAUACAAUCAGCUUUUAAAUGGACAAUUGUAGGACCAUUUUUAUUUGGGACAAAGAACUAUCUGAAAAUGAUAGCCAAUAUCUACAAUGUCCCAACUUGUCAUCGUGAACCCUAAAUCACAUACGCAUCCAAAGUUCCAUUUCCUUCUUUGGCUAGCCGCACUGGGAAUUCAAGUGGAGACUCCAGCGCCAGGCGACGAGAACGAUGAGUGAAGGCGGAAGGGACUUAAUCGGCCAAGAUUCCAUCGGCGAUGAAGUUUCCUUCAUUCUCAAUGCUUGGUUGUGGAUGAACAAUUGCUCUCUGAAGCAGCAACACCGAACCCUUUUUCGCUAAAUCUGAUCAGAGGAUCGUCGUCUUCGAUGGAGCCCCGCCAUUGUAGGAGCACACGGUAGAUGUUGGGUCGAGAGCAGGCAUCAGUGACGGGGGUUUGGGUAUGGUGGUCACAGGUAGUGGUGGACGGAGGUCUUGGUCGGAUGCGAUGGCGGUUGGCAGUGGAGAGAGGUGGGUCACCGGAGGUACGUGGUGGUUGGCAGUGGUGGCGGGGGUGGUUGAUGGUGGUACUCACUAUAAGAUCAGAUAAUCGUAAAUGGGUGGAUUACGUAAUUGUAAGUCUGUAAUUGGUUGGAUUAGGUAAUGUAAUUUAUCGGGUUGAGUAACUGUAACUGGUCGGAUCACGCAAGUAUAACUGGUCGAAAUGGGAAAAUGUAACUAGUCGGACGGGUAACUGUAAGUGGGCAGAUUGAGUAAGGAGCACAAAAGAGUCACACAAGUCUUUUUUUUUUGAAAUAUUUAAAAUUAGAUUGAUUUCUGUCCAUGAAUUUCAGUUUAGGCUAAACGGUUAAAUAGGCCAUCGUACA